AUGAGUAAAGAUAAAAAACGUCUUGUUAACGAUAUUGAAUUUGAUUCAUCAUCAAUGAAACGACUUCGUCAUAAUAUAACUUGUUUAACUGAUUUACCAGAUGAAAUUUUUCUUCUAAUAUGUCUUUAUUUGACACCAGUUUGUGUUCUUUAUUCAUUUUAUACACCUGAAAAGGCUGAUUUUCGUCUUCAUCGUAUUAUAUUUGAUUAUUAUACAAAAAUAAAAUUUGAAGGACAAACAAAUGAUGAAUUCAAUUAUUUGUUAAAUUUAUUGUGUAGUGAUAAAAGACCUCUUCGACCUGAAUCAUUGACAUUAAGUAAUGAAUAUAUUGCUAAUUUAACAUGCCGCUAUUUUCAUAAUAUCGAUACAAAUCUAAACAAUUCAAUCUUUGUCAAUUUGAAAUCUUUAAUAUUAGUCGAUUGUUCAUCAAAUGAUCUUGAUAUAAUUGCUAAAUAUUACUUUGAUACAAUUCAAAUUGAAUAUCUUAAUAUAAUUGUUCGAAAGAAUGAUGAUCAUAUACAGUUCCGUAUGAGAGAAAGAUAUGAUGCAGCAAUCCAUCAAUUCUUAUUCAGCAAACGAAUUUGUUCUUUACACAAAAUUAUUAUUGAUAUACCUGAUGGACUUGUAUUACACAAUCCAUUAGUAGCUAAUCAAUAUCUUCAAAAUGUUGAUUUAGUCUUAGAAACUAUCGAUGAUUUAUAUUUAUUACUUGGUGGACUUUUACCGAAUAUAGAAAAAAUGUUUAUUCAAUUACGUCGAUCACGAAUACUCUCUUGUCUUCGUCCUCAAAAUAUGCCAUCGUGUCCUCGAUUAACUGAAUUUACAUUAUUGGAACCUGGAAUUGGAUUUGUCAUUGACGAUAUGAAAUCUAUUCUUGGUUAUAUGCCAAAUUUAAUUAAAUUAACAUUAAGUAUUCGUGAUACACUUGAUCCAACAUUUUGUCAUGGUCCUAAAUUUGAAUCAGUAUUAAUGGGAUAUCUUUCAGAUCUUCGUCAAUUUGAUUAUACAAUGACACAUAGAAUUGGUGAGAAAACUUUAAUUGAAGAUUUUAUUAUAUGGACAAUGAAUUCUGUUUCUUAUGAUGAUGAAAAUUCUCAUUGGAUACAUAUUUAUUCAUUUCCAUGGCCAUCAAGUAAAGAUGAUAAACGAGAAUUACCUUUCCUAAAAGAUGGAUAUAAUUUAUCAGUUACAUCACAAGCUGAACAAGAUCAAUAUAUGAAACAUGUUAUAAUUAUAGAAGCUAAUCAAUUUGUUAAAUUGAAGAGACAUUUUCCUCGUGCUUGUCAAAUAACAACUUGUUUAUCAAUUGACAUUGAAUUACCAUUAAGAAUUUCUAAAGUCAUUCUUACAAAAGAAAUUCCUAUUAGUUCAAUAUAUUCAAUUGUUCAAACUACUGUUCGUCAUCUAAUUGUUGAACGUCGUUUAAAUGAUGAAAGAGAAAUUUGUCUUCUUGCUCGUCAAUUUCCAAAUGUUGAAUAUUUAAAAUUAUUAUUUCCAUUAGAAAAAUCUGCAUGUAUCCGUUGUUUUCAAACAUUAUUUUCUGUUAAUGAAACUAUUUAUGGAAAUCGUUGUCUUUGGCAUAAAUUAAUUAACUUUUCAACUGGAUUCUUUCACGACGAAUUAAAUCUAAUUUUCGAUGAUUAUAAUAUUCAUCGUUGGUUUAUUCGAUAUACUGGCUUAAAAUUUGUUAAAUUUUAUUAUCUUAAUGUUGUUAAUUCGAUCUUAUCUAUAUGGUUUUGA